GAAUAAUCUAAACUCCAUUUUUAUUUCCGAUUUACCUAAGUAAACAACUAUGGCUGUUCGAAAACGAACCUAUUCCUCAGGCUCUGAUGCCUCUGAUAGAUUUAUCUCAAUUAAUGAACGGCCUGUGGAUGACAUUUCUUUGGAAUUCUUUUAUAAACCUCAUACAAUCACGCUGCUGAUCGUUAUUAUAUCUGGGCUGAUCUACUUUGCAUUUACAAGGGAUGAAAAUGAGAGCAUCCAAUCCAACAUACAAUCUGGUUUGGUGGCAAUGGUUUUCUUCUUCCUCAUCAUCAGUGUCAUGGCCUUCCCCAAUGGCCCAUUUACUAGGCCACACCCAGCUAUUUGGAGGAUGGUCUUUGGCCUCUCCAUUUUAUACAUGCUGCUUCUCCUCUUCAUUAUCUUCCAGGACUACAAAACAGUGCGCAGUAUGUUUGAAUGGUUUUUCCCAGAGCUGAAGAAUUUUACAAUUGACAUGGACAAGGGUGAAUGGGGACAGAAAUGUGAUGACCUUUCCUUUGGGCGACUGUGGGAGAGCGUCGACUUCUUCUGCUUUGCACACUUCGCAGGCUGGGCUAUGAAGACCCUCCUCGUACGCCAUUAUGGAAUCCUUUGGACCAUCUCUGUCAUGUGGGAAAUCACAGAGGUUGCAUUCUCACACCUUCUUCCAAACUUCAUUGAGUGUUGGUGGGACGCCAUCAUCCUGGAUAUCCUGUUGUGCAAUGGCCUCGGUAUCUGGGUAGGAAUGCAGUUCUGCCACCUAAUGGAGAUGCGAUACUACAACUGGGAGAGCAUCAAGGACAUUCAAACCACAACGGGCAAGUUGAAACGAGCCGUUUUACAGUUCACCCCAGAGUCAUGGACAGCUAUGAGAUGGCUUGACCCAGCCUGCACAUAUAUGCGUUUUCUUGCUGUUUCACAGCUGGUUGUCUUCUGGCAGCUGUCAGAGCUCAACACAUUUUUUCUAAAGCAUAUAUUUCAGAUGCCACCAAGCCAUCCUUUGGUCUUCAUGCGUAUUUUCUUGCUAGGAGCUAUGUCAGCCCCAACCAUAAGGCAAUACUAUAGCUAUGUGACCGAUCCUCGGUGCAAGCGAGUAGGCACACAGUGUUGGGUGUAUGGACUCUGUAUGUGUAUAGAGUCACUUAUCUGUAUCAAAUUUGGUGCUGACAUAUUCCAGCAUACACAAAUACGUAAUAUUAUUGUAUGGAUUCUAAUCCAAGCUGCUGGAUCUGUCAUGUGUGUAUACCUAUGUGUCACUCAUCAUAGGUGGCAGCGCAAGCGACAGAUUAGGGUGGAUGAUUCAUUGGAUGAUAACACAGAAACUGACU